CCCGUGUCCCAGCAUUCCGACCGGCGGCCAAUUGCGUUGCAUCGCGUCGUCUUGGCGACAGACAGACGGACGGACGGACGGACGGACGGAUGGAAAGUCAGCGAGAGACGUGAGCGGACGACAGCGGCGUCGACGUCGUCCGCGUUGCUCGAGUUUGUCUUCCUCCGCUUUUUCUUUUUUUUUGGAUCUACACAUUUCUUCCGUUUUUUGUUCAACUUUUCCCGAAGAAAGCGUUUAAGCGGCGGCGCGUCGGACGAUUUUUUUUUGCUCCGAAGAACCAAGCAAACAUUUAUGACGAGCUCCAACGUGAGCGUCUACGUUUUAUUGACAUAUUUGCGGAGACUGAAGCCACACGCCGACCAUCAUGUACAUACGCUUUGAUAUGGAUCCAGUCUUUGCCAGCCGGGGACAUUUUGAAUGCUUUAAAGGAUUUUGACUCACUUCCUGCAAACACGCGUACACAAGACCCACACAAACUCGCACAGGGACGGACAAACCCGUUUGAGACGUCGGAGAAUCGUCGUCGCAGGAAGUGUUCCAAGGACGAGUACAGAUGUCCACUUGGGGUCACGCUGCGUCCAAAAGUCCAUUAAUGUUGCCCGAGUGCAAUAUUGGAAAGUGACGUAACAUAACGAUAAGAAUAAUUACAGCUAUGCACGAUUCAAGGUGGCAAUGUAAACGUCAUCUUACACAGGCACACAACAUUUGUGUAGCGCAGUGAUCAAACCAAUAUUAUUAUUUAUUAUUUUUGUUCAUCUAUCUGCGGCAGCGACGUGAGCAAUUUUACUCCCUUCCACUAGAUGGCAGAUGGCACAGUUACCGAUCGUACCACAGAAGAAUAGCAAAGGGGUCAACUUAAGAGGCCAUCUAUGAAUAAUUUGAGGCAAUAUCAUCACCAUCUUUGUGAUGUUUUUCGCGAGCUGGUAUGCGGUCAGAAAUUUGCAUUUUAAAAUCAUGCGACUUAAAGGCGGGGGAGACGCCGCCCCGGAAAGUUGACGGCUUUAUUAAUAAAAUGCGAACGUUGGAGUUGUGCGAGUGACAAAGAGGAAAAAGUUUUGAAAAAAAACAACAACAUAAUUUGCGACAGAGCGUAUGGAAAGCAAGCGUGCGUCGUGCGAGGUGGCGCACGUGAGGAUGUUCGUCGCCAUCGCGUUCACGAGCCGCGAGGACAGCGCACACUGACACACACACGCACACAAAAGCGGAGUUUGCGCCAUGAUGGGGAGGACGAGCCCCGUAGAGCCCCCCGCCUCGCCGCGCCCCCUGCCGGGCUCCUCGCCUCCGUCGUGCGCGUCCGAGGACAAAGAUGUCUCCGAACGCGCAGAGACCGUCGUCGCGGGGACGGACCAGCGUCAAGACGGGCCGUCGGGCGGCGUUUCCCCCGCCGAGUCGGCGAAAUUGGCCUCCCCGCCGCCGCUGCUCCCAGCCAAGAUCAACCCGGGCCCGCGCCCCCCUCCGCCUUCCUCUGCUGCACCCUCAUCAUCAUCAUCAUCAUCCUCCCCACUUCCGUCACACAUCCCGGUCAUCAGCCUGGCCCACAGCAAGCCCCCCCUGGCCAUCCCCAGCCCGUCGCUGACCGCCCUGCACCCGAUUCCCAAAAAGCAUCCUCACCUGGAGCUGCGUCGCACUCAGCUGGCCUGUCUGCCCGUCGGCGGUUCGCGAGGCUCGGCGGGCGGCGGCGCGCCCUCGGGGCCGCGGGCUCAGACGUACCUGCAGCCCCCUCAUCCGUUCUUCUCCAGCUCUUUCUUGGGCGUCUCGGGGGGAAGCUACAGCGGCUUCACCGGCGGCCGCGUUAAGAGAAGACCUUCGUCGCACUUUGAGAUGGAGAUCAACGAUUCCGGUCCGCCUCAGAAAAUCGCCCGCCGGGUCUUCACCAACAGCCGCGAGCGCUGGCGGCAGCAGAACGUGAACGGCGCCUUCUCGGAGCUCAGGAAGCUCAUCCCCACGCACCCCCCCGACAAGAAGCUGAGCAAGAACGAGAUCCUGCGUCUGGCCGUCAAGUACAUCAACUUCCUGGUCACGCUGCUGGACGACCAGGCCCAGGACGGGAGCCGGGACUCGGACUCGGACGAGGCGGCGCGGAAGACGGACCCGUCGGGGCUAGACGACAAAGCGGAGCCCCUCUUUCAGUGCGACACGCCCCCCCCUUCCCAAGGCGCCUCACCGCCUUCGACGUGCCCCCCGAUGACGAGGACUCACCGCCACAAACUCGACUCUGCCGGUUCGCCGACUCCGCUCGCCGCCUCGCCGGCGAGCUCCCGUUGCGACAGCGACGACGACUCGGGGGCAAAGGCCUCCGUGGUGACUCCUGGCGCGCUGCGGAAGGUCAAAGGUCAGAUAAGGAUGGCGGCAGCGACAAAUGACCAGCGGUGACCACAAAGGAAACGUGAAGGGUGGGGGUGGGGGUGGGUGUAAUAACGUAACGGAUCCGAGACCAAAGAGAGGUGCGGCUUGCUCACAUUACAAGACGAUGAUGUGAUGUCGUUGUGUCCCUUCCAGUAAAGUGCAAACAUUUUUGUUCAUGUUGCGUUCAAAUGUCUUUCAUUCCCCAAUUAAUUUGAGCCCAAGGAAAAAAAAAAAAAAAAAUCUCAAGGUGGAAUCUAUGACGUGUCUUUCAGAAUUAACGUGAAACACUUCCCAUUUUGUCAGCAGCAUACGUGGAACACGCAAACAUAAUUCAAAACUUAAACGUAGAAGAAAACGUGUUGCUUUUGAUUGCUUUUGCAAAACAUUUUUCAAAGGAAAAUGUACUUUUUUAGUCACACGCAAAGUUAGCAUUCAGUCCAUUUUGUACGAAACGCACGUCCAGUGAAGUUGGGAAAUUGUGCAAAAUGUAAAUGAAAUACAAUACAGACGUUUGCGCAUCAUUUGGAAGCUGCUCCCACCCCACCUCUUUCGUGCGCCUACGUCAUCGAAUCACGUCACCGGCCGGAAGUGCCGGUCAAGCAAAGUCGAUGCUA